AUGGCCGAGGUAUGGGGCUGGCGCUUCCGUAUUCUGCUGAACAAUUACAGCAACGGCAGCCCGAUGUGCGCUGCCAGCGAUCCUGAGUCGGAGCGCGUCGUGCGAGAAUGGGGCGAUGGCAAUCCAUGGGGCCACCGGGCGGCGUUUUGCAUCCCGAUCCUGGCGCCGAAAGCAAUGGCCUACAACAUCUUCACACGCCACACGCCAGACAUGGCCCGGAAGUUGGUGCAGGACAAAGGAGUGCAACGCCACGUCCGCUUGGGAGAAGACUACCAAGGUCGUGCAGUGCAUCGCGGACGUGACGUGUUUCUUCUCUGCGUGGUGAGCACUUCAGGCGAGGUGCAGAACGCCUCCGCUGAAGCCGACGGCGUGUUGCAGCUGCUGAAGCUGCGCUUGGCCCUCCUCCGCAAGAGCAAAGGGGACAGAGAUGCCGCCACGAUGGAGUGCAUGUCGGAACUGGGUCGCAGGAUGCAGGGUCGCGCUGUGCACCAGGAAGCUGAGACGCUCAUGAGGGAGUGCUUGGCGGGACGCCGUGCCAAGCUGGGUGAUGAGCACCCAGGCACGCUCGCCGGCAUCAACAAUCUUGCGUCGCUGCUUGAGGCCACGGGGCGGUUUGGGGAGGCGGAGUCACUGUACCGUGAGGCCUUGCGUGGCAGCCGUGCCAAGCUGGGCGAUGAGCACCCUGACACGCUCAUCAGCAUCAACAAUCUCGCGUUGCUGCUUGAGGCCACGGGGCGGUUUGGGGAGGCGGAGCCACUGUUCCGCGAGGCCUUGCGUGGCCGCAGGAGCCCCAGAGGCCGUGCCAAGCUGGGUCAUGAGCACCCACGCACGCUUGCCAGCAUCAACAAUCUCGCGUUGCUGCUGCAAUCCACGGGGCGGUUUGGGGAGGCGGAGCCACUGUUCCGCGAGGCCUUGCGUGCCAGCCGUGCCAAGCUGGGUGAUGAGCACCCUGACACGCUCUCCAGCAUCAACAAUCUCGCGGCGCUGCUGCAAUCCACGGGGCGAUUUGGGGAGGCGGAGCCACUGUUCCGCGAGGCCUUGUUUGCCCGCCGUGCCAAGCUGGGCGAUGAGCACCCUGACACGCUCAUCAGCAUCAACAAUCUCGCGUUGCUGCUCAAGGCCACGGGGCGGUUUGGGGAGGCGGAGCCACUGUUCCGCGAGGCCUUGCGCGGCCGCAGCUGA